AUGUUCGGCGCAAUCCGCUCGAUGGGGGGAGGAAACCACAAAUGCGAUGUGGCUUCGGCCACUUUCGCUAUUAACAAAAUCCUACGAACUAACAUUUGCCACAGCUCUGUUCACAGCAACGUCCCUAUAAAAAUUAACAAGGAAACUACUGCAAAUUUGCUGAAAGAGUCGGCGAGUGGGAAAUCCCCUCAGAAUAUUAGAACAAUAAAUGUUCUAUAUCGAUUGGAGAAGUCUACGCUGUCAAUACUUGAUGAGCUUACAGAAAGUCCAGUGUUCCCCGGAAACGGAACGGGUACGGCAGCUAUUGCUCGUGUUGGCGGAUUUAUUUUGAGAUGCCUCUAUGAACGAGAGCUAUGCACGAAGUGCAUUGAAAACCUGGAAACAAUAAAUGAAACGAGCCAGCAAAAGUGCGACUUCUUAUUUCUAACUUUCGGAACGGAUAGAGGAGGUUUGUUUUACCCAAAUUGGAGUUUCAUUUCCAGGCUUGUCACUAUAGAGAAAUUCUUGCGAAAGGCUGUGCCUUUAAUCCACGGAGCAACUCACAUAGUUAAGGAUCUCAUCGAGUUCAUCAGGCCACACCUCCUGAAGUGUGAAUCAAUGUGCUGCGGAGAAGGACCAACUCCAGAUGUUCCUAUCCAUAACGAAGAAUUAGUUCAAUGCAUUUUGGAGAAGUUUCUUUCGCCGGCAAUAAGCAUCUAUGCAAGCCACAUUUCAGAAAUGGAAAAACCAAAAUCAAACAUAACAUUCAAAAAGGGGAAACCCUUACUACGGAAAUACAGAAAUUUUUCCUAA